UCGCUUUCCGCUGAAGUACGUGAUGCAGCAGAUGCUGUUCACGAGGCCCUCGGCCGCCUGGCAGAGUCCCAAUGCGUGGACUAACGGCAGCAACAGCAGCUCGCCACGACGCGUCGUGACCUUCGCGGUACAGGAUGCUUCGCCUUCACCCGUCGUGUACCGAAGUCGAUUGCGGAGUCCGUAUGAUGCUGAUCUGACCAAAGAUCUUCCACAACAGCGUUUGCGUCGCCCACGUAAUCCAACAACGACGCAGCGCAAUGCUCGAAAAGCGAGACCAACUACCACGAGACCGCGACUGCGACGGCCUGGCUGGGAUACGGACGUGAACCGCGGAUCGAACCUGUUCGACGCAUCGCUGAAGAAGUCGUUGCUGUUCCAGCCGCGAGCGGGUGAUCGACGGAAAGAAGAGGAGGCAGAGAAGCAGGAAAUGACACCAAAGAAUGUGGUAAGACGGAAGGUGGGUCCCGUCCGAACGACCCCCGUACGGUACAGAUCCGAGCCGUCCAGUGUGUACGCGCAGCAACGACAGAACGUGACGCAUUGGCCGCAACGUAGAACCAAGGAUUUUGUACGGCAAAACAUUGAGCAGUUGACAGGACGGCCUGUAGAUAUGAACUUUGGACGAAGCGGAUCACGAUCAGGAAGUCGAGAGAAUGUGUUUGAGCGACUAUCAGCACCGCGAGUGAGUAAGUCGUUACUGCGGUCGCAUGCACUGGUAGUUCCAGUAGAAAGCAAACAAGCCCCAAGUCCCGCUCGAUCUCCAAGCGUGGCGUCACUAUCUCCUCAGUCAGCUUCGCCUUCUUCACCUGUGCUCACUAUUGAACCUCCAGCACCAGAUAAACGGAGUUCGCCUCGCUCGACAACGCCCUCACCGGGAAUGCGAAGAUCGGGUCUAGGAUGGUCAUCUUUGCACUUAUCGCCACAGAGGUCCCAGCAGUCAUUUUCAUCACGUAACUCGCCAGCGCCUUUUUCCAACUCCACCAAUCGCGGUGCUCGCUCUCGCUCUCCGAGGGGCUUAGGCUACUCGGCCUACCAGCGACGCACAACCAGAUCUCCGACUACGUCUAUCUCAUUCAUGAGGGUCGGCACAACUCAAUCGAUCUCGAAGAAUGGGAAAUACUAG